AUGGAUAUUCAAAAUGGAACCCUUUGUAUCCUAGGUUGUGGAAACCUGGGCAUUGCCAUCCUAGAUGGCUUGGUAAAUGCACCCGCAGAGAAGUCUAAAGAGUUACCAUUUGCUCGAUACACUGCAUGCGUGCGCAGUGAAAACUCAGAGAAGAGGCUGGCCGAGCGAUUCGUCAAGUACUUGGACAAAAUAAACAUUUCUCGCGGCAACAAUGUACAGGCUGUACAAAGUGCCGAUGUGAUUAUUCUAGGCGCAGACCCCGCCGAUAUCGAGACCGUCCUGACGCAACCUGGACUCCGCGAGGCCUUAACCGACAAGCUUAUCAUCAGCAUUGCAGCCGGCUGGACAAGGCAAAAGCUCGAAGCCACAAUAUACGGCAGCGCAACCACCGCCGAUAACACAGCUGGCAGAGCCUGGGUGGUGCGUACAUUGCCGAACAUCGCAGCCCAGGUGUCUCAAUCACUUACGGCUAUUGAAACAUCGGAGCCUGCACUGCCGGAACGGUAUCUCCAGAUAACGACAUCGAUUUUCGAGCAAAUUGGCAAGGCUGUACACAUUGACCCGAGGUUGAUGAAUGCUACUACCGCCGUCGGGGGAUCGACGCCGGCUUUCUUUGCUGUAGUUUGCGAUGCAAUGAUUGAUGCCGCAGUGGCGGUUGGUAUGCCACGGGACCUAGCUCAUACCAUGAUCUUCCAGUCAAUGCAAGGGACGGCAACCAUGCUUCAAAGUGGCAUCCACCCUGCCCUAUUGAAGGAUCAAGGAACGUCUCCCGAGGGCUGCACGAUUGGCGGCUUGAUGGUGAUGGAAGAAACUGGUGUGCGUGGACAUGUUGGACGGGCGCUUCGGGAAGCUGUUACUUUGGCUCGUUUGAUGGAGACGACACCCCAUGUUAAUGAUACAAGACAUUGA